GCGUCGGUGCGUGAGUUCCGCCCCCACGAGCUUCGAAGCGGCCCUUGAGCUCACACCCGGCUUUGCCUUAGCGUUAACCUGCGCGCCGCCAUCGCCGUCAUGCUAGGCGCCGCUGUUCGCCGCUGCUCCGUAGCAGCAGCCGCAGUCGCCCGGGCCAGCCCUCGAGGCCUUCUGCACCCCACUCCGACCCCCGGCCCCGCCGCCGCUAUCCAGUCAAUUCGCUGCUACUCCCAUGGCUCACAUGAGACAGAUGAGGAGUUUGAUGCUCGCUGGGUGACAUACUUCAAUAAGCCAGAUAUUGAUGCUUGGGAAUUGCGUAAAGGGAUGAACACGCUUGUUGGCUAUGAUCUGGUUCCAGAACCCAAAAUCAUUGAUGCUGCUUUGCGGGCAUGCAGACGCUUAAAUGAUUUUGCUAGUGCCGUUCGCAUCCUAGAGGUUGUUAAGGACAAAGCAGGACCUCAUAAGGAAAUCUACCCCUAUGUCAUCCAGGAGCUUAGACCAACUUUAAAUGAACUGGGAAUCUCCACUCCAGAGGAGCUGGGCCUUGACAAAGUGUAAACUCCAUGGAUGAGCUUCCCAAGGAUUUAUUGAUAAUGCUACUUGAUUAUAAACAAUCACCUGGAAAUACUGAUGAUAACAUAUUACCUUAUUUGAACAAGUUUUCCUUCGUUGAGUACCAAACUGUGUAAUGUAACUUGGACUUUAAUAAAAGGGAAAUGAGUUUGAACUGAAA